UCCUGAUAUCUCAACAUAAAUCUGGGGAGGGCUGAUUCUACAGCAGACUGUAGCUGCAGGUACAGUAAAGGCGACUCAGCUCUCGGGACUGUAAACCAAAGUUUACUGUGGAAACUUCAGGGCGUUUUGGCAUUUCAUGGCUCUCCUUACCAAUGUCACCAUCCUGCUGGUCCUGGCUUGUAUCUCCCAUCAGCUGGUGUUGAGCAGCUGCCAAAGGAGCCAAGGACGGAGGGGACGAGGAGUGGACAGAGGACAACGCAAGGACAGGCUAGGGCUGAGGGUGGGCCGCCAAUCAAAAACUGACUCUGCACAACCCAUUAAGGGCAAAAUGGUUACCAAAGACAAGUCCCAGUGCACCUGGGUAGCAACAGGUGAGGACCUCUUCAUCCUUGGUGUCACCUGCAAGAAGGGGGACAGGAGCUUCAGCUGUGAAUAUGUCGCCAGACCGGCUGUCUGUCCCCAGUACCAUUCCAAUGUCAAACUUUACUGGAAGCAAAUCACCAGAGCGCUGAAGAAGCAAAAUAGUUUGUGCCAGGACAGCAGUGAAUUGGUCAGGGCAGGUGUUUGCAAAAGAGCUGCCAGAGAUGCUCAUUUCAGACUCCAUAAUCCUCAGAGGAAGACUGACCCGCCUUCCGAUCCACAACCAACACCCAGAGCUAUCAAAUCCUGUAAACCUGUUAACAAGAAGCUGGCUGAGGAGCACUGCAACGACUCCUGGUCGACUUUUUGCACGUUCUUUUUUACUAUGGUGCAGGAUUAUGAUUGCUGAGA